AUGGAGACCCAGCCGUAUCUGCAAUCUAUGGCCACUCCGGAGUCUGGUGCUGCAGCUUCGCAAGUGUCGACCACGGACUCAGGUAGUCCGGAGUCGGAGUUACUGCAGUUGGGUUGCUGCAAGAAGCUGUUUGACCCUGCAGAGAGUCCUGACAGCGAGCGACCAAGCAAGAAGGCCUGCACUCUUGGUUUGCACGCAGAGCCCGCCGUUGAAGCACCGCUCCCCUCGCCGAAGCCGGUGCCCACCCGUCGGUACAGGUCCAAGACGCCAGGUCGGCGAGUGAAGGAAGAAAACCGUGCUGCUGUGCCAUCUUGCAAACCGAUGGCACCUGCACCUGCACCCGUGCUUCGGUGUGCCACGCCCUUGAAGGCACAGUUGCCUCAGCUUAGUGUGCCGAAGCACGCGGCUGUCGCCCCGUCUGCUGUCCCAGCAAAGUCCUGCUCGCCUGCUGCAGUUCUGUUGAAGAACGAGGAGGUUCCGAAGCCUCCCUCGCCUGCUGUCUCCACUCCGAAGCACAGCUCCCAGCAGAGCACUCCUCCUGCACCCAGCAAGGCAGUUCCACCGACCCAAGCUCCUGCACCUGCACCCGUGAAGAACGAGGAGGUUGCCAAGCCCCCUUCUCCUGCUGUCUUUACUCCGGAGCACAGCUCCCUUGCAGCUGCCAAGACAGUUCCGCCGACCCGUGCUCCUGCACCUGCAACCUUGGUUCCCCACAAGAACCAGGAGGUCGCCAAGCCCUGCUCACCUUCUGUCUGCACUCCGAACAGCUCCGAAACCGCCAACACCCGUGCUCCUGAGGAGGUUGCCAAGACCCCCUCACCGAACCGUGCUCUUGCAGAGGUUUCCCGCUCUCCUGCUCUCCCGACUCCGAAGGACGGCUCUGUGUCUCUAGCUGUGUCGCCCAGGCCAACCGCCGUGAAGGCAAGUGCUGUCCGAACCAAGCCCGACGAGCUCCUGCCGACCGUUUCUGUUCCACCGAAACCCAGUCAAGCCCCGCUGUGGGCCAGCCCUGUGCUUCCCAGCUCUGCAGACUUCCGUGAAGCUGUGCUGGUGGACAGCGACAGCGACGUCGACAUGGAGAAUGCCACGGUGCUGUAUGACAAUGAGGAUGACAUGUUCGCCCAGCAUAUGCAGCUGGUGCUGCUGCAUGAGUGCAGACCCGCUAAGCCGAGUGUUGCUCCUGUGGCUGCGGGCCGUCCAGCAGAGCCGAGUGCAGCCCCAGCUGCUGCAGUCACAGCAGUGCUAGCCGGAGCAGAGCCGAGUGUAGUCCCGGUUGCUGCAGUCAGAGCAGGCUCCGAGGCCGGAGCAGAGUCGAGUGCAGCCGUGGUUGCUGCAGUCACAACAGGCUCCGAGGCCGGAGCAGAGGCGAGUGCAGCCCUGGUUGCUGCAGUCACAACAGGCUCCGAGGCAGCCCCGGUUGUUGCAGUCACAACAGGCUCCGAGGCAGCCCCGGUUGCUGCAGUCACAAGAAGCUCCGAGGCCGGAGCAGAGGCGAACGCAGCCACGGUUGCUGCAGUCACAACAGGCUCCGAGGCCGGAGCAGAGGCGAACGCAGCCCCGGUUGCUGCAGUCACAACAGGCUUGGAGGCAGCCCCGGUUGCUGCAGUCGCAACAAGCUCCGAGGCCGGAACAGAGGCGAGUGCAGCCCCGGUUGCUGCAGUCACAACAGGCUCCGAGGCCGGAGCAAAGGCGAGUGCAGCCCCGGUUGCUGCAGUCACAACAGGCUCCGAGGCCGGAGCAGAGCCGAGUGCAGCCCCGGUUGCUGCAGUCACAACAGGCGAGGCCGGAGCAGAGCCGAGUGCAGCCCCGGUUGCUGCAGUCAGAGCGAGCUGUCUUCGCACCUCAACCCCAGCAGGGGCCGGCGACUCGAAAAAGGUGACGUUCGCAGCCACUCCGACUGCUCUUGCUGCCAACAGCAACCAGUGGCAGGUUCAGGUCAACCCGCAGGCAAUGGCAAUCGUGCCAACCGACAGCCAAGACCGGCAGAAGCACUUCGCAGUGUUCAAGAGGCAGAUCACCGGCAAGGACAAGACUGUGCCGGAAAGCUUGCGAAAGGCCUGGACACAAGCCGUCAACAGCAAGUCUCGGAGCGCCAAGACGGCUCUCUUCCAGAAGUUCUUGGAAGCUGGCGGAGAUUGGAUGACGGUGGAUAUUUCUCGCACCCGGACCGACUCCGAGAAGGGUGAGAAGAUGAUGGGUUGGAGGACCAAGCAGCAGUUGUUGUCCAUGUACAACAACGAUGUUGCACUGGUGGAAUCCAUUUGUGCUGCCAAGUUGGCAGCUGGGCUGGUAAAGCCACACCCCGACCUUCCAGAUGACGAGUCCGCUUUGCUUUACUACGUGCUGAUUGAUAUGAAGCACACCACCACGGAGGAGGUGGUUGACCAGCACCGCAUUAAAUGGAAAGCCGAUGUGGACGGCCGCGACCUGCUGAACGUCGACAUGUUCAAUCACAUGGGGGAUGUGCGGCUGGCUUUGCCGUGGAGGCCCCCGCCAAGCAUCACAGCCGGUGGCGAAACCGGUUGCAUGGGAAUUGGUCCGGGCAGCUCGGAUGCCUCUGCAGCUGAUUUGGAAGCGGCGGUGAAAGGAAAGGGCAAGGGCAAGGGCAAGGACAAGAACGGCAACGGCAAGGAGAAGAAGGAGAAAGAGCCGCAUGGGCCUAUGCCUGCUGAUCCGAUUGAUGCUCUGGCUUGGCUGAUUCCGGAGUUGCACAAGAGGAUUUCGCAGGCAAGUUUGCUUCCCCUGAAGUUGCAGGGCGAGUACUUCGAAAAGCUCCGCGACAAGAUUGUGGCACACCACGAGGAGCUCAAGAAGUCUACGAUGGAUAUCCAGAAGCUGCAAAAGGAGGCACGCAGUGCCGACGUGGAGAAUCGGGCAGCUGCACAUGUUCGAUUGGCCAUCCAACGGAUGAACAUGUACCAGGAAGAUGCUGCGAUUGCAAACCAAUCGGCAACAAAGCCGGUGAAAGCCAAGAAGAACGAUGAUAAGGCCGGUGAUGUAUCGAGAACAACAUAUUGUAGCUUGUUUGUGGAUGAUUGCAAUAGUCUGUUGGUUUCUGUGAGCUGCUCGUGUUUAUAUUCCUAUAUAGCAUGCCAUGGCACGCAGGCCUGA